UUUGUUUCAAGCCGUUUUUCUCUCGACUGUAGGAAAAAGUCGCCAGGACAAGUAGAUUAAACAAAGCAAACACAUCCAUCCCGUGCGCUCUUACGUCCGUACUUAGACUUUCAAGCAAUCACUCACUCCAGUCGACCAGUAAGUACGGAUUAGAUUAUGGACAGGAUAGCUCCCUCACUCAUCACUCAACCAUUCAAAUCCCAUUUCGUGUGUGCGAGCCAGAGCUUUCAUCCACUGCUGCGGCAAACAACGAACGACCAUCCCUGUCGAUGUCUCUCCGUUUUGCUUUGAUCUUAUCUCCAUCCCCCGUGCCGUGGAUCACUCAUAGCUAAGUUUUCAUGUCGAGUUGUUCAUCGUGUUUGGAGUUUUAAUCCGGAAACCGGUCAAUAGGGGCCGAUCCGAUCGGAUCGGAUCACUUGGGUUGGUUGGCAUCGCCGGGAGAAACCGACCCACGAACCGAAUUCCCACUUUUUAAAGCGCCCACACAGAGAUCUUUGAGACGCACUCUGUCUUGUCUGCCAAAGAAGCCCUCUUUGGAUGCAUGACCGAUGAACCGAUUCCCAGGGGGGGGCUUGUCCCUUUUUCCGCUUCUCUUUUCUCGCAUUCCAUUGUCAAAAAGGGGCUCUUUUGUUGCGAGACAAUGCAGCGUCUGGGCGGCAUUGCAGUGCAUGGUACCAUGUAAAAGCAUUUGCCGGCUCCAGGGUUUUUAAAGGAGGGCCAAGAAAACUAGCAAAGAAAGAGCGCGCUCCCAAAAGAGAGAGAAAAAGAGAAAAAAAAAAAAAGAGAAGAAAGCAAAUUAAAAUAAAGGAAAGAGAGAGCAGCUCUCUCGCCAAAUGCCUUGAUAGGCAUUUAGCUUGCGAGCGAGCUCUCGGCUAUGGAUCUGGGCUCUCUAGUCUUCUUCUCCCACCCCUUGUUCUAAAUCUACCAUACGUUGCUGGCAAUGUCUUACUACUCCUCCUCCUCGAGCUUUGGAGCCGCGGAUUCGAUGCCCAAGAGCGCCCAGCAGCAGCUGGAAUCACUCCCCGAUCCCAGCGAUCGCGACCAGGACGACGAUUUCGUGGCCGGGCUGGUGGAGCAAAUGGCGCACUCGAUGCUGGACGAGGAAGAGUGCGGCGGGGACGAAGGGUACCCCGCCACUACUGCCGCCGCAACACCGCUGUGGCCGCCGCUCCACGAAACUCAGCGGAGAAGCGGGUGGAGCUCCACGAAAUCCAGCCCCAGCCCCGCGGUAUCGCCGCCGACGCCGCUCCACCACUUCGGUCACGAAUCCGAGCUGCCGCCGCCGCGCGGCAGCGAUGCGUGGGAGCUGCUCCAUCUGGCGGCGCAGGAAGUGAUGCGUCUCAAGAUGGGCGGCGGCGGCGGCGGCGGAGAGGUUCCUUGUUCUUCUUCGUGUUCUUUCUCUUCUUGUUCUUCUUCUUCCUCUGCCGGCUCUUGCUCCUCGCCCCCAUCUUCGUCGAGUUCCUUGUUUUCUCGCGACGAGAUCCGAGCUUACAACCGAGCCGCGUCAAUGUACCACUCGAUCGGCACCGCCAAGAACAGUGGCAUCGUCGAGUGCUGUGGAAGCAAGCCUGUUGGUUGUGCGUUUGGGCAGCAGCAACUUGACUGGAAGCAGCAGCAGCAGCAGCGAAGUACUCAGCGCCAUUACCAGAAUGCUUUGAAUCCAGCAGCUGGGAUCGUUCCAGUCGCCUGGAACAGGCGAGCUCGAUCACCUCGAUCUCUCCAGCAGCAGCAGCAGCAAGCUCGACAUAUCGCGAGCAGCCGGAACUUGCAUCAAACUUCUUCCACUCGAUCAUCAAACAUCCACCACUCGGCUGGAUCAUCGCUCUUCUCGUCACAAUGGCCAGCGGCAUCCAGCGUAAAGUCUCACACCACCGCCACCACCGCUAAUGGCGGCACUGGAAUGCGAGCCGUGUUCUUGAGAGGCCCCGGAUUCGGAAGCAGCACCUCCAACGGGACGGGAGUGUUUCUCCCGCAAGCCACCGCUCCCACUGCCAGCAGCAAUCGCGAUCCACAAAAACGAAAGCCACCUUGCUCCACGGUGCUACUCCCUUCCCGGAUAGUCGAAGUUCUCAACCUCAACGUCGAUGAUCUGGAGUGCCAACCGCAUCCAUCGCUUGGUACUACUGAUCACUCGAGCAGCGAUGAUUAUCUGAGCGUCCAUCUCUCCAAAUCCUACUCGGCGUGCUCUCCAACGCGGUGGCACUCCACUGCGGAGCACGCUCUCCCAACGGAGUGGACUUACUGAGCUAGCGAGCUCGAGCUAGCGCAUCACAGCCGUCCAUCCAGAGGCCAUCCUCACCGGAGCCGUCCGAUCCCUCGUCAUGUGGAUAGAAAUAAGUACCAGGGUCUCUUCUCACUUUCAUACAAACUCUAUGAUAGCUUGUAAGAUUUUUUGAAUAAAACAUAGUCCUUUGAGUA